AUGGUGAUCGGUUUCAAGGACGUCAUCGUAUUCUUCCCACCAGAAGAAUGGGAGUUGCUGACCAAGGAACAGAAACAGCUCUACUGGGAUAUUCUGAAGGAAAACUACCAAUCUCUGGUCCUCAUUGGAUGCCCGGUCACCUCAACGGAAAUCUUAGCCUGGUUUAAAAGUAACAAAUGCCAGGACCUCCAAGUAUUGCAGAGACUGAUAGAAGACCCUCUUCCUGAGAUCCCUUCUAUAGGAAAAAUGGACACGGACAGCCCUCUUGAGAACACCUCUAGUGAGUUGGACGCCUCCUGUAGCAAAGCCCAGGGGCCUCCUGGACAGUCUUGCGUAUCGGCAACUGAACAGGGGAGCAUGCCCGAUUCUGGCGGAAACCUAUGGACAGAACCCAUGGAGCAGGGUUUAAGUCACGCGAGGCUAGAGAACAUGCCAAGGCUAUGCUACAUGCUUCUGCCUAUACCCUCGGUGCCUGAUGUGGUGCCGGAAAAGCCUGCCGCGCUGCAGUCUCACAGGAUGACAAUCCUGCCCCAGCGUGAUUUGGCCACGGAUGCAGAACACCCUGCCCAGAAAAAAACGCUAUUUGCGGGUGCCGCUUGUGAUGAGAACCCCGCAGGCUCGCAUGGGCAGGCUGUGGCGCCGGCACCGAGCACAACUCCACCCUCUCCCCCGGAAGUCCCCGCUGAGAAGAAAAAACUCUACUUUUGUGGUUGGUGCAAAGAACCAUUCAAACUGGAGAUUAAUUUGGAAGUGCACUAUAGGUAUUGUCGCCAGAAGCAAAGGCAGCAGCUCAGGCCUGCCUUGAGAGAUAAGAAGGCUUCCAGCGGGCAGGACGCAAGCGGGUCAAGCAGCACUGGGGACUCGGCGGGUUCUGCCCAGCACCCGUCGUCCGAUGGCGGCAAGAGACCCUCCGUGCAUUCCAGACUAGGCCAACCUCAACAGAGACUAAGAGUGGUAAAAAAGAGAGCAAUUUAUGGUGCCGGCAGGGGUACCAGCAAGCGUUGGUGCAAUUUGAUGGCGACGAUCUGUGCAAUGAAGAAGCUGAACCGGUGUUUGGGAUGCGGGGAAAAGUUCGUGUACAAGUGGCAACUCUUGGCUCAUGUGAAAGUUUGCAAGAGAGACGGGGUCCCAAAGCCCCAGGACUUGCCCACAAAGGGGCUCCCCAACAGGGUCAAAACACAAGAGCCUUUCGACGACGCCCUGGCUGAGCGUCCGAGCACCUCUAAAGACACGACGGUGUACCCCUACAACAAACGCGGCAAGAAUUUAUCCACCCCCCACGCAUCCCAUGAGGAAUACAGGUACAAGUGCCUCAGGUGUGGGAAGCUCUUCCACUUCCAGAGCGCAGCAAAAAGGCACCAAAAACAGCACAAGAAAGGCAGAAGCAUCACCUGCACAACAUGCGGAGAAACAUUUGGUGGUACCGAAUGUUUUUGCAUGAUAGAAAGAAUCAAUGUCACUCCCGAUUUGGAGGAAGGGAAAUAA